AUGUCUCGCCGCCCGUUCACACUCGAUGGCUACCGCAACGCUGUGGAACAGAUGGUUCUAUUGUCGUCUGACGCCGACUUCCUGGACCAGCUCAUUCAUGUGCUGAAAGAUGCAUUCGUCUCGAACCGGACCACCUCACUUGUGCGCAUUCUGGCUCGAUAUGCAGAGGAUCGCGAAGCGGACAUUGAGCGGGUUGGCUUAACCAAGCAUGAGGAGUUCCUCAGCUCAGUGGACCAGCUGCAGCAAGUAAGGGAAGGGACUGUAUCCUUGACUACAGAAAUUCUUCAACUCAAUCAGUCUAUUCAAGCUAGCACUGAAAGACUCGCCGACCAGAAACGGGGGUUAGUGAACACUCGUGCGGUUCGACGAAACAUUGCCGACGCCUCUAUUUCACUCAAAGAAUCCCUAGAGAUCCUGCAUGCAGUAAACCAUACCCACGAGCUCAUCCGCAAGCAGAAAUACUAUGCUGCUCUGAAGUCCUUGGACGAUCUCCAGAACGAGCACCUGGUGCCCAUCAUACAGAACAAGUACGCCACACAAAAUCGGCUGGCCGAUACCAUUCAUAAGUCCAUCCCAUCAUUGCAAAAGGUCAUCUCCGAAGCGGUCAUGAAUGACCUCAAUACCUGGCUGUUUCGAAUCCGUGAGACGUCGCAAUUUCUCGGUGAAGUCGCGUUCUAUCACACAGAGCUCAGGAGGGCCCGGCAGAGAGAACGUGUGGAUAGGGACGGUUACUUGAAUCGGUUCAGACUCAAUUCCGCUGUUGAACUUGUUUUUGACGAGAGCGAAGAGUUCGACGCACUCGAUAAUGAAGAGCUCCAGGUCGACUUCACUCCACUUUUCGAGUGUCUACAUAUAUACGAUGCGCUUGGGGAAAUGGAUAGAUUCAGAGCCGAAUAUGCCACGACACGGCGACAACAGAAGGAUCUGGUACUACCAAGCUCCAUUAGCUUUGCAACCGACGAUGAGACGUCACUUAGCAGCCUCCUAGAGAGUAUUGCUGGGUUUGCCAUCGUCGAGAAAGCCACAAUGCAGCGGACACCUCAGCUCAGAUCCGCUGUAGACGUUGAUGAGCUCUGGGAUUCGAUGUGCCACACAGCGAUAGCCCUUAUUUCGAAAGCAUUUAACGACGUGACCAAUGCCGAAACGCUCUUGAGGGUCAAAGGUGUCAUUUCUCUCUUCAUUCAGACCAUGGAGGGCUGGGGUUAUUCAAUUUCUAUUAUUGACAACUUCCUUCUCGUGUUAUUCGAUAAAUAUGCAGAACUACUAAAGCGUAGUUUCAGCGAAGACUUUCAGAAUAUUGUCUCCACGGAUGACUACAUGCCCAUGGCCGUCAACACCCGUGAAGAAUACGAGAAAGUGCUGAACGUUAGCUGGUUCUCGCAAGAUAACAGGGAGCUGAGUUUCCCGUGCGUUCUGCCCUUCUCUCAGAUGUAUCCGCUCUGUUGCAUUGACAUCCGGAACUUUCUGAAUCAAUUUUACUUCUUCUCCGAUGAUCAUUUUCGACAUACAGCCGUCAUUGACGAGACCCUGCAAAACUCCUUAGACGAGCUGUUGACAGAUAAAGUUUGCAAGUCAUUGGUUGAGAGGUUGAAUUCCCAGUACCUGGGCCAGAUUGUGCAGAUUCUUAUCAACCUGGAACAUUUCGAGACCGCAUGCCGGGAGCUGGAGCAACUAUUGAUCAGAGCAAGGUCCUCAAGCUCUGCAGGCGGACCCGUGUCCCUGACGGCCACGGGGCAAUUCCGCUACCACAAGAAGACUGCCGAAAAGCGGAUCUUCGAGCUCGUGAAUUCCAAGAUUGACGACCUUGUAGACACAGCAGAGUAUGACUGGAUGACCACAAGUGUUACCACUGGACCCAGCAGUUAUGUGCAGACACUCACACGAUACCUUUCCAACAUUAUGAAUUCAACCUUGCUGGGUCUCCCACGAGAGAUUAAAGAGCUCAUCUACUUCGACGCUCUAAGUCACGCUGCCAAUAAAAUUCUCGCUUUGCCGCUAUCAUCCGACGUUAAGUGCAUCAACGGGAAUGCUGUGGCGGCAUUGGCUGAAGAUGUUCGAUAUCUCACUGAGUUUGUUGACAGCCUGGAGAAUGGAGCUAUGCUAAGGGAGAAUCUCGACGAACUUCAACAAACGGUCAACUUGCUUCAGUCCGAGAACCAUGAGGAGUUUUUCGACAUCACGAUUCGCAACAAAAAAUUCGGGCGAGUUGAUGCUAUUAACGGACCGAUGCUUCUCGAAAAAUUAACGUCACAAGCUCCAUCGACAAACCGGGCGGCACCACUUUCCAAUUUCUCGUCUCGGUUUGGAAUGAUGAAAUGA